AUGAACGUGUCAUCUGCCAAUGUGACCGUGGUCGUAGAGUAUCGGGAUUCCUUCGCCAAAGCCGUCAUCAAGAAUGUCAUCGUCGUGCUUCUCAGCCUGCUCAUCAAUUACAUCAACGCAGGACUCAUUUAUACCUUCUAUGAACACCAGAUCUUCAACUCAAACCCUCGAUACAUCUUGUUUUGCCACUUGGUGAUCAACGAUAUGAUCCAAGUGUCAAUGUCUGUCACACUUUUCGUCACCAGCUACAUCCUCUACAAGAUACCUGUUGUUACCUGUUGCAUCUUAAUAUUGUUUGGCAUCAUCACCACUGAAAACAGCCCCCUGAACCUGGCCUGCAUGGCUAUAGAGUGCUACAUCGCCAUCUGCCUCCCUCUUCGCCAUGCUCAGAUCUGCACCAUCAAGAGGACAGUGAAAGUGAUUGGUUUGAUCUGGGUGACUACCAUUUUGUUUGCACUUCCUGAUCUCUUCCAGACCUUGGCCAUUGAGCCUUUGGACUUCUUUAAAUCCAACAUAUUUUGUCUCAGAGAAACAGCUUUUCGAAAUCCCAGCAUCAUUGAAAGGAGGAAUAUUACCUACAUUACGUAUCUGGGUCUAGUAUGGUGUGUUCUCUUCUACACUUAUUUCAGGAUCUUGUUUACAGCAAAAACAGCAAGUAAAGAUGCUAAAAAGGCAAGAAACACAAUCUUUCUCCAUGCAUUUCAGCUUUUGUUAUGCAUGGUAACGUAUGUAGAGCACCUGCUGAAGCAGGCUCUACAGCAGUGGUUCCCUGAGCAUUAUUCAGAUUCUCUGUUUGCUUGUUAUAUAGUUUUCCAAAUCCUGCCGAGAUCCAUUAGUCCAAUCCUCUAUGGCAUGAGAGAUACAACUUUUAGGAAGUACUUGAAAAAAUAUUUAUUAUGUAAAAUAAGGAUAAAGUCGUGA